AUGUCGAGACCUAGGGCAAUCAACUGCUACGAAACCUUGGGAAUCGCCCCAAAUGCGACCCUCAAGGACAUCAACAGUGCGUACAAAAAGCUCGCACUGAAGCACCACCCCGAUAAAGCGAAGGGCGAAGGUGACUCCAGCGACGAAUUCCAAAAGAUCCAAGAAGCCGUUGAAAUUCUCCGUGACCCUCAUCGUCGUAGGCAGCAUGACUUUGACCUCCAGAUAAGCAGAAAUAUCUACACGCAGCAGCGAUUUUUCCCGCAGCAGCAAGCACCCAGGUCACAGCACUCGUUCUUCUCGCCGGCAACGGCAUUCGGCGGCUCGUCGGGAUAUAGCGGCUGGACACCCUACGAUUUCUCGUUCAAUUUGCGUGAUGUGAGUAGUCGGUACAUGUACAGCUACGCGAACAGUGUCCACAUGAACCCGAACUCGAAGGAUUCUAUUGAAGAACGCUUGCGCUGUGAACAUGAACGCAGAAUCAACGAAGAGAUUAGACAGAGAAACAGUGCCGGUGUCAGUGCUAGUGCUUAUGAGCAGCGGCCUAGGGAGAUGACUCGAGAGGAGGCCAUGCAUGCUCGUGUCAUGCGUGAUGAAGAAGAACUGAAGAAGGAAAGCCGACAGGAAGACGAUGACCUGCAGAAUCAGCAGCCGUAUGUGUCUGAGUCUUCGGGUUAUGGUGAUGGUGAGGACGAUAUUGAUGAAGAGGAGUUGUUUGCCCUCGAAGACGAGUAUAACGAGAAGGGGCUAUUUGAUUUUGAUGAUGAUCAGGAUGGACAGGAGAACCAAGACGAUCAGGAAGACCAGGUGUAUCAGGGAGACCAGGAAUAUGAGGACGAUCAGGAGUACCAAGGCGAUGAAAACGAUGGCAUGAGCAUGUUUGAAGAUGAGCUCGAUGAGGAUGGCAUCUACUCUACCGGUGUUUCUGUUGGCCAGUCUGCAACUGAAUAUGAAACAGCAGACCAAGAGAGCUUUGACUACUCCGACUCUGAAGAUGAGGGUGACUAUAUGUCGAGACUUCGUCAGAGCGUGGAAGAAUCUGCAGAUGAAUCCGGUACAGACGAUGAGGACCUCAUUUUCUUUGAUUGCGACGAACCUGAACCACCCAAACUAUCCAGUGAUGAGAGCAAUGACAACGCUGAUAGUGACGACAGUGACGACAACGUCGUCAGCUAUCACAAUUAUUACAACGACGACGCCAACGCCGACAACAAUGAUAACGAGGACAGCGAUGCCAAAGACCCCGAAGACUACGACUUCAACAACACGACUUCUGACGAUAUAGAUGAUGAGGACAGCGAAAACGAAAUCGACGACAGCCACGCGACUUCUAACGAAAUAGACGACGACGUAUCCGAAAACAUUCAAUCAGAACCAGUCUGCCAGACCGACCCCAUCACCGCUUUCUUCCAGGCGAAGCUCAACGACCCCAGCAGACGCUACACAACCGACGACCUCAGAGCCGAGCUACAGGGCAUCAUGAUGGAAAUCUUUUGCGGCUGGCUCGAAAGCGUCCGUCUCAAAUUCCCCAACGCAAAGCCUUUGACAACCGGGAAUGACCCCGACUCUUGCCCCCAUCUCGGGUACUGGGUGAAGACGUAUGGAUGUCCUGAAUGCGACGUCUGUCACGGUUGGAAGCCCAUUUACACCCUCACCUGUCCGAGCUGCGGCAUCAAGGCUUGUGUGCUAUGCAAGUUUAACUAUGAAAAGUCCGAAAACUAAACAGACCCGUUGUUCCUUUCUUUCCUUUUCAUCUCUUUUCUUCUACGACGAUCGUGCCUUUGACCUUCUAUCGUCAAUGAUUAUUGGGUGGAUGAUGUUUGCCUUUAUGGAACUUUCUCAUGAUUGUGCGUUCUUUUGUUUUGAGUACUUUAAUUCUGCAUUUUGUGUGUGCUUGGGCCAUCAUAUCAAGCCUUGGGGUGUCAAGUGCGACGGCGGC